UGAGCACUUACUAUGGGCCAGGCACUGUGCUGGCUAUCUGACAUGGGUUAUUUCCUUUAUUCCUGAUAGUGGCCUCAAGAGGUGGAUGCUACGAUUAUUCCCAAUCUAGAGAUGUGGGAACUGAGGCUCAGAGGGAUUUCAGGGAGGCAUGGGCCAGGCCACCGUCUAUUCCAGGACACAACUCCCAUUUUAUAGAGAAGGGACUGAGGCCGAGAGAGAAGGACGGUCACAAGCUGCCAUACACGGGCAGGCCCCGGGCGGGGAGACCUCCCUGGGACAAAGGCCAGAGCAGUCGGCCGUGAGGUCCUCACGGCUCCGCACGUCUCUGAGCGAGGGCACGCAGAUUCAGAAACAUGCUCACAGCAGGCUGGAAUGGCACCGAAAGCAGCCCAAGAAAAACAGCCUGCGGGGGCCGGAUAGAGCCAUGGACGGAGACCAGCAUGAGCCUCCCAGCUCUGUCACCUCGAAAUCACUGUAUAAUAUGGGACGAGUCCCUUCCUCACUCGGGCCUCAGUUUCCCGGCCUGUGUACUAGAGGGUGGGACUGUGGUCUCCUCGGGCCAUGGCGCUCACCUGAGGCUGGCAGAGGCUGGAGCGCCUGGGGCUGUGUCCCUGGGAGACAGGCCUGUGCCCUGGGCUGGCCAGCAGGCUCCCAGAACAUUUGCUCUCCUGACCAGCCGACGGCCCAUCCCUCCUCCACCCUCGCCCCCUUGCCAUCCCCAAAGCGAACGAAGCUGAUUGUCUUACUGGCCCUGUGGGUGCUGGCCCGGCGGCCGGCCGCAGGCCACAGGCGGAGGUGCCACCGGCCCAGAGCCCCGCCAGACACACAGGGCAUUGUCCCUCGGUCAACAGCCCCUGGGCACCUCAGCCCGGCUCCUGGCCUGCCCCCACGUCCCUCACCGCCGGCCACAGCGCUGGGCCUGGCCAGCUGGGGGCCCAAGGCUCCCAGCUGAUGACGAGCCCACCCACCCACUCCCCCAGCAGCCCCCAGGCGAGCUAUAAUUGCUUCGCUCCGUCCUGUUGCUGCCAUUCUCUCGGCGGCGGCGGUGGCCUCUGGGGCUCCAGGCGGGCGGCAGCUGCAGGCUGACCUCGACGCGGAGCGGGAUGGACUGGCCGCACAACCUGCUGCUCCUUCUUACCAUCUCCAUCUUCCUGGGGCUGGGCCAGCCCAGGAGCCCCAAAGGCAAGAGGAAGGGGCAAGGACGGGCUGGGCCCCUGGCCCCUGGGCCUCCCCAGGUGCCGCUGGACCUGGUGUCGAGGAUGAAGCCCUAUGCCCGCAUGGAGGAAUACGAGAGGAACCUCGAGGAGAUGGUGGCCCAGCUGAGAAACAGCUCUGAGCUGGCCAAGAGGAAGUGCGAGGUCAACCUGCAGCUGUGGCUGUCCAACAAGAGGAGCCUGUCCCCCUGGGGCUACAGCAUCAACCACGACCCCAGCCGCAUCCCCGCAGACCUGCCGGAGGCGCGGUGCCUGUGUCUGGGCUGCGUGAACCCCUUCACCAUGCAGGAGGACCGCAGCAUGGUGAGCGUGCCGGUGUUCAGCCAGGUGCCCGUACGCCGCCGCCUGUGCCCGCCGCCGCCUCGCCUGGGGCCCUGCCGCCAGCGAGCAGUCAUGGAGACCCUCGCCGUGGGCUGCACCUGCAUCUUCUGAACGCCCGGCAGGAAAGCCGGCCGGUGGCUGGAGACCACCCUCCCUGCACCCCUGUGCCCAGCAAGGCCUGUGAAAAGUAAACGGUCUUUUGAAAGCAA